AUGUCGAAAGUCAUUCGCAGCGUCAAGAAUGUCACCAAGGGUUAUUCCAGCGUCCAGGUCAAGGUGCGCGAAGCGACCAGCAAUGACCCAUGGGGACCGACAGGAACACAGAUGAGCGAGAUCGCUCAGUUGACGUACAAUUCGUCAACCGAGUUUUACGAGAUUAUGGACAUGCUCGACAAGCGGCUCAAUGAUAAGGGCAAGAACUGGCGACACGUGCUCAAGGCGCUCAAGGUUAUGGACUAUUGCCUGCACGAGGGCUCCGAGCUGGUUGUGACGUGGGCCAAGCAGAAUAUCUUUAUCAUCAAGACGCUGCGCGAGUUUAUCUACAUUGAUGAGGAGGGCAAGGAUGUGGGAGCGAAUGUUCGCAUUGCCGCAAAGGAGCUGUCUGCGCUGAUCGCUGACGAGGAGAGACUGAGAGCCGAGCGAGCCGAUAGGAGGAUCUGGAAGUCUCGUGUCAAUGGCCUCGAGGAAUACGCCCCCCAGCAGAGCAGGGAAGAGCGGCAACCCCGCCGCGAGCGACGACAGCUGACCGAUGAGGAGGACACCGAGUACAGGCUGGCGAUCGAGGCCAGCAAGGCCCAAGAGGAGGAGGAUAGGAGAAAGCGCGAGAGCCGGAACGUGGAUGAGGACGAUGACGAUCUGGCCAAGGCGAUCAAGCUCAGCAAGGAGGAAGAGGAAAGACGGCGACGGGAACUGGAGUCGACCAAUGCUGCCGCUCUGUUUGAUGACGCACCGACGCCAACGGCUCAGCCUCAGUUCACCGGGUUCAACCAGGGCUAUCAGCAGGGGAGCGCGGUUGACUUUUUUGCCAACCCGAUUGAUCAGAGCCAGAUGCAGAUGCAGCCAACGGGCUAUGUACAGAACGCGUUUACCGGGUACGGGGUUCAGCAGCCGCAGCCAACUGGCUAUCAGAAUGGCUUCCAGAACGGGUUUGGCCAGCAGCCAAAUGCUUUUGACCCGUACGGUCAACAGCAGCAGCAACAGCAGGCUUUCCAGCCCCAGCCGACGGGUUACAACCCUUACCUUCAGCAGCAACAGCAGCAGCCGUUCCAGCAGCAGCAAACAUCCCAGCAGUUCCUGACACCACAGGUUCAAGAGAACACUCUCCAGCCAGGUAGCAAUAACCCCUGGGCCAGCAACCACAGCACCGGUCUUCAGGCCAUGAAGCCCACGCCCACAGGUUCAAACAACCCCUUUGCCCAGCGACCAUCCUCCGCAUUCAAGGCCACCUCCUCGCUGGGUAGCCUCCCAGAGCAAAAGACGCUCUCAACCUUUAGCUCCUUCACAUCGCAGCCAGCAUCGCAGUCUCAGCCUCAGUUCCAGUCUCAGCCCUCGUUCCAACUGCAGCCACCUCAGCAGCAGCAGCAGCAGCAACAGCAGCAGCCCCAGAGGGAGAUGACGGAGCACGAGGCGAGACUGAACGCGCUAUUGAGUACGGGCGAGGGUUUGGAUACGUUUGGUAACACGGGUAACCUGAGGAUUCCGGCGCAGCAUACGGCUCCGGGGGUGUUUGUUAACAGUGCGGGGGCUGGGUUGGGAAGGAUGACGGCUGAUCAGACGGGGAGUAAUCCGUUCUUGAGGCAGCAGUUCACGGGGAUGCCGACGGUUAGUUAUGGUGGUGGGGGACAGCAGCAGCAGACGGGGCCUGGGGCGUUUGGUGGGGUGGGGGGAGGGGCGAACAACCCUUUUGCGCAGAGGAGUGGAGGACAGCAACAGCAGCAGGGGGAUUUGAUUCAGUUUUAA